GAAAUCGGCGGACUUGGUGGCUGCCUGAGCGACUGUGUGAUUUGGUCUCCUCCACAAGGGCAGCGCAGUCUCACUCUGGAGCGGCUUCCUCGCCUUUUCACACCGCGCAGUGUACCUUUAAAAGGUUGAACUCGCCGGUCCACGGUCAACGAGCACCGGAUCGCUUCCUCGCUCGGCUCAGCUGUGUGUACCUUCCAGCAGUGACAUGGCAUAGAGGCGCUGUGCUGUCAGCAGCAGCAGCAGCAGCAGCAUCCUGCACCAUGGACGCUCUCCGACAGCCGAAGCGGAGCGGAGUCUGCGCGGCGCUGGAGACGAUGAUGCCCGUCUGGAUUUUACUGACCGCGGUGACAGGACUGAAAGCGGAGGACGGCGGAAUGGAAGAACUUGCCACCGAGAAGGAGGCUGAGGAAAGUCACCGACAGGACAGCGUUAAUUUGCUGACAUUCAUCUUACUGCUGACCUUAACCAUUCUCACCAUAUGGCUCUUCAAGCACAGACGGGUCCGUUUCCUUCACGAAACCGGGCUGGCAAUGAUUUACGGUUUGCUGGUAGGUGUGAUUCUGCGAUAUGGCAUCCCUGCCACCAGCUACCACAACAAGACCCCCCCGAGCUGCUCUCUGAAGGAAGGACCUGUUAGCACCCUGCUGCUCAAUGUCAGCGGCAAGUUCUUUGAGUACACCCUCAAAGGGGAGAUCAGCUCCCGAGAGAUUCACAAUGUGGAGCAGAACGAUAUGCUGCGCAAGGUGACAUUUGAUCCUGAAGUAUUUUUCAACAUAUUGCUGCCUCCCAUUAUUUUCCAUGCAGGCUACAGUCUAAAGAAGAGACACUUCUUCAGGAAUCUGGGCUCCAUCAUAACAUAUGCGUUUCUUGGCACUGCCAUCUCAUGUUUUGUUAUUGGAAAUCUGAUGUAUGGCGUGGUCAAACUCAUGCAAGUGGUGGGACAGCUGACUGACAAGUUCUACUACACUGACUGCCUUUUCUUUGGUGCUAUCAUCUCUGCCACAGACCCAGUGACAGUGUUGGCCAUUUUCAAUGAGCUCCAUGCAGACGGGGAUCUCUACGCUCUGCUGUUUGGAGAAAGUGUUAUGAAUGAUGCAGUUGCCAUCGUGCUUUCCUCGUCCAUUGUGGCUUAUCAGCCCAGUGGAGCAAACACACACAUGUUCGAUGCCUCGGCCUUUUUCAAGUCUGUGGGGGUGUUCCUGGGUAUUUUCAGCGGCUCCUUUGUUAUGGGUGCAGCCACAGGAGUCGUCACUGCUCUCGUCACCAAGUUCACCAAGCUGCACUGCUUUCCGCUGCUGGAGACAGCCCUCUUCUUCCUCAUGUCCUGGAGCACCUUCCUGCUAGCCGAGGCCUGUGGGUUCACAGGCGUCGUGUCCGUUCUGUUCUGUGGCAUCACGCAGGCUCACUACACCUACAACAACCUCUCUGAAGAGUCCACAAAGCGCACCAAGCAGCUCUUUGAGGUCCUUCACUUCCUAGCUGAGAAUUUCAUCUUCUCCUACAUGGGCUUGGCUCUGUUCACCUUCCAGAAUCACAUUUUCAGCCCUAUUUUCAUCAUUGGGGCCUUUACUGCCAUAUUCAUCGGAAGAGCUUUCAACAUUUAUCCACUGUCCUUCCUCCUCAACCUCGGUCGAAGGCACAAGAUCAAAGGAAACUUCCAGCAUAUGAUGAUGUUUGCAGGUCUGCGAGGCGCGAUGGCGUUCGCCUUGGCCAUCCGUGAUACAGCCACCUAUGCCCGGCAGAUGAUGUUCACCACCACGUUGCUCAUUGUGUUCUUCACUGUGUGGGUGUUUGGUGGAGGAACCACGCCCAUGCUGUCCUGGCUUCACAUCAGAGUUGGGGACAGCAAAGCACUGCAGGAACAGCGACGUCAGCAUGGAAAGUGGGAGUACUUCAGGGUUGGUGUGGACCCAGACCAAGACCUGCAGCCCUGUGGAGACAGCUUCCAGGUCUUACAGGGGGAUGGCGCUCAGGCUGAAGGACAGAGUAAAACCAAACAGGAGAGUGCGUGGCUCUUCAGACUGUGGUACACCUUUGAUCACAAUUACCUGAAGCCCAUUCUGACACACAGCGGUCCACCUCUCACCUCCACCCUGCCCAGCUACUGUGGGCCGCUGGCGAGCUGUCUGACCAGCCCUCAGGCGUACGAGAACCACGAGCAGCUGAGGGACCACGACUCUGACCUCAUCCAUAAUGACGGUGACCUGACCUACACGUUCGGUGACACCGCCAUCACGGCCAACGGUGCUUCUGGCGGCGGGGGCGACAGCGCUGGAGGGUCAGGCUGGAGCGUGAAUGGAAAACGGAGCGGCAGCACGUCAGAGGAGGCACUCGAGCGUGAGCUGGACUCCCGCGAGCAGGAGCUGCUGAGCCGCGGCACACGCCUGGUUUUCCCCAUUGAGGAUCAUGUGUGACCCUCCCUUCCUCCCCGCCCGCACCGCCAACCUCCCUGACCUGACCCCGAGACUGCCUCGCCCCCAGCUCUCUCCACGUCCUGUGGGCAGAGCGUCUCGUCCUUCAGAGAUAAGACAAAGUGGAGAUUGUGGGAGUAGACAAGAGGGGAGGGCUCAGAGCGACUCUGAGCUCCCUCCGGGCCUAGGAGUAGAGCUCAAAGACCAUUUCAUCCUCAUUACAGAGAUGGAGUUUACUCUUCAGGAGCCGUGUGUCCUCAAGAGCGUCGGAAGAGAAAUUCUCAGUGCUGUUAUACUGUGAUUCAUUUAACUGACGGUUUCCUCUGCAGAAACAGGAAGGAAUCCUCUAUGCAGCACGUGGGGAUGAAAUAUACCCAUGCAAGAUUGAAUCUGCACUUUUUAAAACACGUGACAUUUUAUGUGUUCAGCCAAAGUGGAAAAGAAGUAUUUAAAAAAAGAAAAAAAAGAAAAAUAUUGCCUGGCAGCACUCUCUCGCUCUACGAUCAGUCAGCACUGAGAGAAUGCCUCGUGGCUUCUUUGUAGCUGCACCCCGUGUAGAUGCUGCACACAGGCUACGCUAACCAAAAGCUAAUAGUUCUUAGAUGAAACAGGAGUUCUCUGGUGAAGGCGUCCCAUUAAUCCCAUGCUGCUAAUUCCCACUCAGAAGCAGCCGCCGCAGCCUGUCAUGGGUGAAGUAACCGGGGUGAAGAAAGCAUGUAAAUAAGCGACAAUGCUGAGCUUUGUUCCUUUUUUUAGUGGAGCUGCUCCUUUCAGCAUCACAUCACAUGACUGUUACAAACAGCAUCUGUGCAUCUUGUCUCUCAGUUGGCCUGGAUCUUUUUUUUUUUUUUUUGUGUAGUCGACUAGCUGUCACAACAACAGUGUGAGGUGUUUUGAUGCUCAUAAUGUCGUGUAAUGAGAUCAAACCGUAUCUAAUGCAGUUAAAGGGCGAUUUCAACAUUAUAAAAUGAAGGACAGGCUUUCAUCAUAAUUUAGAAAAUGAUAUAUUUGUCCGCUGAUUUUUGACAUUUAAAAUGAGCAGAUGCAUCUGCAAAUUCUUUCCACUGGCAGUUAGUCUGCGGAUGGUUUUGUGACGGUCAGUUAUUAAUGUUAGAUUAAUCAACUGACUGAUCAGUUCGUUUUUUAAUCAUUUCAUCUCUGCACUUAAACUAAAUUCAGUCCCUGCAGGAGCAUCAGCAUGCAGCACAUCAGAAGAAAGACAGGACGGUACAGCAGCUCUUCAAACUCUGCCCUAAACCAGGUUUUACCUGUGGACUUUAUACUUACAGGUUCAGAUUUUCAAAGUUCAUUAAUUUUCAGACAACUU